AUGUUGGUAAGUAAAAGGCUUCAUUCUUUGUUAAAAUAAAGGUUGGGUGGGUUAUUUUGGCCUAGGGGAAAGCCAAAAAAAAUUUUUUGAUGGGUUUUAAAAAAUAAAUAUUUUUUUUUUAAAUUUUGAAAUUUGACGUUUAGUUAGUUGGGCUAUUGUGGCUUAGGGGGGGGGGGGAAAUCCACAAAUUUUUUUAAAAAGUUUUUUUUAAAUGUUGACCGACUUUUACAAAGUUUUAAACAGAAAUUUUCGCUUUUUAAAAUAAAAUUUUAGUUAUUCAAAUACACCAAAGGCUACAUCAAAAAACUUCGGCUUCAAAGCCAAAGCCUAGCUGAAAGUUUCGAACUAAGCCAGUCUAAUCGAAUAGCUGCCGCUCUCCGACCAAUGAUUAUAUUGUACAUUGGCUGUGGAGUGGCUUGUGUUCCAACUGGAAUUUUGUGUUUUAUUUUGAGUUUUUUUGAAAACACACCGUUUUUGAAAAAACUCUAUUUUAUGGGUAUUCGUGUAAGUCGAAUCAAUUAAGGUUGUAUGUUGUAUCGUGUAAGUCGCAUCAAAUAAGGUUGAAUGUUGUAAUUACUGUUUUCGUCUGGCUUUUGUUUUUAUGACGUUGAGCGAGGCACGUAGAUUAAAAAUUUAUCGUAUUUUGGCUUUUUUUUGUAGUUUUCAUAGUAUGUUACAGUACAGGAUGAUACCGCAAUUAGCUGUGCUAGGGGCGAGGGGUAGGGUUUGGUUUGAGGGAAAAGGCAGGCUGAGAGAGAGAUAAAAAAUUGGUAAGUACGAGAAAAUCCAAAAAAAGUUUUUUUGCAAAAAUUAACAAAUGUUGAGGCUGAGGCUCAACCUUUUCAAAAAAAAAUUUGUGGGUACCGGGUUCUGGUUCUUUUCAAUUUUUUCUCAGCACGGUCCGACCCUCCCAAAGUUUUUUACUAAAAUUUAAUUCCAAUAAACAUAAAAUGACCUUCUGAAAAUUUUAGGUAAAUUACUUCAACUUUUCAUGUUACAUCUUACUAUCCUUGAUUACUGCCUUAUAUAAGUUUGGUAUAGUUGUAAACAGAGUCAUACCUGAAACUCCAGUUAUGAAAAUAUCGGAAGAACAAGAAAAUCACUUCAAUUACCUGACUGACUCAUGGAAAGUGGGUGUAUAA